GUCAGAAGGCUCGAGCGCGACGACGAAGACAAGGGGUUCCUGAGUCUCCUGUCGCAGCUGACGACGGUGGGGAACGUCACCUCGGAGCAGUUCGCGUCGAGGCUGCUCGACGUUCGGAACGGACCCGAGUUCGUGUACGUCGUCGAGGACGGAGGCGCGAUCGUCGCGGCGGGAACGCUCGUGCUCGAAAGGAAGUUCGCGCGCGGGUGCGGCCUGUGCGGGCACAUCGAGGACGUCGUCGUGGACGAGAGAGCGAGGGGGAAAGGAUUGGGGUUGGUGAUCGUCCGCGCGCUGACUCGCGUCGCGGAGUCCGUGGGAUGCUACAAGGUCAUCUUAGAUUGUUCCGAGGACAACCAGGCGUUUUACGAGCGGUGCGGGAUGCGACGGAAAGAGGUACAGAUGGCGUUGUAUUUC